AUGAAGAGGCGCAAUGCCGAUUGUGGCAAAAUACGACGGCCCAUUAAGAAGAACAAAAUAGCGGAACAGAUUGGCAGCAACACACUGCUCUACAUAAAAUUCCUACUAUUAUGGGCCUUCGUCAUCAUCGCAGAUUUCCUGCUCGAGUUUCGUUUCGAAUUUCUAUGGCCAUUUUGGCUACUGCUUCGUUCAAUAUACGAUUCAUUCAAGUAUAAAGGAUUGGCCUUUUCCGUACUAUUCGUCUGUAUAGCGGUCACUUCCGAUUUGGUAUGUCUAUUUUUCAUCCCAGUCCAGUGGCUCUUUUUUGCCGCCAGUACCUAUGUUUGGGUGCAGUACGUCUGGCAUACAGAUAAAGGAAUCUGUUUGCCGACGAUAAUACUGUGGAUACUGUUCGUGUAUCUGGAGGCAGCCAUACGAUGGAAGGACAGUCGAAACAUACCGCAUCUGAAUCUCUGUCGGCCAUUUGCAGCCCAUUGCAUCGGUUAUCCGGUGGUAACGCUUGGGUUCGGUUUCAAGAGCUAUGUCGGUUAUCGCAUACGACAGCGCAAGCAGCGCGAGGUAGCAAAAGACAAUGACUUCUACAUGCAGUUGCUUCAGGAGGCACUGCCGAAAGAGGAAUCGACAGCCCUAUUAGAACCGGCUCUUGAUGGUGCGAGCGGCACUGAUGUGUUGGCGCAAAAGGAGCUCGUGCUGGUCGCGACCACGAACAACAGUCUGAAUAACAGCAGCAGCAGCACUGCGAGCAGCAAAAGCGACACGGGUCAGCACCAUCAUCAUCAUCAUAAUCAUCAUCACAAUCAUCACAACCACCAUCAUCAUAACCAUCAGCAGCAGCAGCAGCAGCAGCAGAGUCAUAGUAAGGGUGCUCAAAGUUACAAAUCGUCGAGCAAUAGCACCCCCUCGGGCACGCAUGUUAAUGGGCAUGUUAGCAGUGGUAGCUCACCAUCAUCGUCUGGAAGCGCGAUGAACGGAGGGUUGACACACGCGUCCCAUCAGCAGCAGGGAUCUUCCAAGCACAGGAAAAGUUUGGAUAAAGAUAGCAACGGCAGCAACUCAACGGCUGGUUCGUCCAGCACGCUUAACGCCGGUAGCAAGAUGAACGGUAGCGGUGGUGGCGGAAGCUAUUCCUACCAUCAGGCCACCACAUUCCAGCAGAGUAGCGGAAGCAACGCUACUACCGCUAGUAACGGCAGCAGCAGCAGCGGUAGUAACAGCAGCAACGGUGGUGUAACACACAGUACAAAAGAGAACACGGCCACUGUAAAUCGAGCGAACGACCACAGUGGUGCGGGUGGCAGUAUUCAUUGCAAUGGUGGAUCCAUGGUGAAGGAUAAGGACUCGAAGGAGAACAUAGUGCCAGGGCUGGUGGGUCGCAAGGAUUACGACAAAGAAUCAAGCAGUAGCAGCUUGGCGGGAUCCACCAGCUCUUCCAGCACGUCCAGCUCAACGAGAAACGGACAAACGGCCACGGUGACGACUAAUCGCUCCAAAAGUCCCACCGAGAAUGCUACCGGUGGGAGUAGCGGUGGGACAGUGAUCGGCAAAACUACAACCGACAAACAGAACUUAUCAUUUAGCGAUUAUCAACAGCUGUGGGUGGUGCGGCAGAUGUCCACGGAUGCUCCAGUUCCGGCGGAGUCGAAGGGUGGUCGCUCGGGGCGUAAAAAUCGGCUGAAGAAGGCCGCUGAACAAGCGAACCUGUCGGCGAUUACCAAGCUUUGUGCGACACUCGCACUUGCCUCCUCGGUUACAACUCUCACGACCACGGGGACUGCGACAUCGGCCACCAGUGGUGACGGUGGAGCGGCGGUUACAACGUCUUCGUCGUCAAACGCUGGCUGUAUUACGUCCACGUCCGCUAAUGACAAUCACCAUCAACACAACGGCGAACAGCAGGAGCAAGUCGCAAGUAAAGGGAACGUCAGUGAUAACAACACUGUCGAAAGAUCGGCCAACAGCUGUAACGGACAAGGAAACGGUACAGCGACUCAUCACAGCUCGGCGACGCAAACGGUGAAUUCAUCUGGCCAAGGAUCAAACCCUGCCAUUGCUCCCACGCCGGUCGCGACGGUGGUAGUGCAGAAGGUGUGCGAGUCGUGCCCUCGGCUUGAAGGAGAGUUAAAGAAAAUCCGUUCCGAGCUGGCAUCGCAUCGGCAGAUGGAAAACGACAUGCGGCAAAAGUAUGACGCCACCACGAGCAACUUGAAAGGAUGCCUGCAGGCUAAGCAAAAGGACUUUGACGAUCUGCAGAGCAGAUAUCAAGAGCACACCAAUCAACGUCAGCAGGAACGGCAGAAUUUGCAAACGGUAGAGCGACGCCUUGGCGAAGAGCGGCGACAUAGACAGUCCCUUGAAGCACAGCUGAACAACGAGCGUAAGUACCGGAAGCAGGCGGAAGAUAAAGCGGCACGUUCGGAGUGUGGUGAGUCGUGUAAAAUGAAGAAGCAACAGAUGGAAAUGGAGAUCGAUAAACUGCAGCACGAGCUGCUCAACAUGGAGGAGGCGAAGCUCAUGACCGAGACGCAGGCUCGAAACAUUGAACAAGAGAUGAGGAAAAUGGAACUGCAGCUACGCAGUCGGGAGUCGCAACAGAACACUGAAGUGUUGAUGAGCGCGCUGGCCGCAAUGCAGGACAAGAAUGCGACGCUCGAGAAGAACCUGUCGGCGGAGACGAGAGUUAAGCUGGACUUAUUCUCGGCUCUUGGUGGCACCAGGCGGGAAGUGGAAAUUCUAACCUGUUCGUUGCGCACGAAGGAGAAGGAAAUACUCGACCUGAACGCCAAGAUCGUGCAGCUUGUGGCGGUCAUGCCAACUAUGCCUAAUGACGCCCUUUGUCUGACUGGCCACACAAGCGGCUCGGGGGUGGACGGAGUGUCGGGUGGCUCGAUGAUGCGGCUGCCCGACGCUCCCCAGCUGCUACCGCAGCCAAUGUCGAGCGGACACCUGAACGGGGUAUUACCGGGUGGUGGUCCAAGUGGAGGCGGUGGUGGAAUGCAACAAUCCGGCCAACAGUCCAGCUCGCUGUCGCACAUGGUGCAGAACGGCCCACCGUUCUGCAGUCAAUUAGGUAGUCUCGGGGUACUAACGUCCACGAUGACGACGUUGUCUUCGUCUUCGGUGAUGUCGGGGCCGAAUGCGGGCUCUGCUAACAACUGUGGCGUCGUUGGCCUGUCGUCGCUGAGCGGAACCGGUGGAGGUGGCGUUAGUGUCAGCGGCGGUGGGCAAAUAGUACAAAUGCAAAACUCAAACAACGGCUCGAACGGCAACUGUCCCUCCAAUCUUGACCCGAACGCUACCAUCUACACGCCGAAGAACAACGGCAUGGUUGGCGGAACUGAAGCCUGA